GUGCAGCGUGUGGUGGUGCUCGGUGAAUGAGACAGCAACUCAUCUUGGAGAGAGCAGAGGAGCUCCGAGUUCUCCUGUUGAUACUUUCUACACAUUGAUGGGGGACAAACUGGUCUAAUCUUCAUCCAUGGCUCCAGUAUUCUGUCAUGAUGGACUCUACAUAUUGCUAUGCAUGCACCCUCAGCAGACGUCAAGCUGGCGACCGGAGCCGGAAAGAAGGGCAUAAAGGCAGAGGAGGAGGAGCAGCCUGCAGCACCUCCUGCAGCUGCAGCAGCAGCCGUAAAGGAGGAGGAAGAGAAGGAUUAUGUAGUGGAGAAGGUUUUGAAUUGCAGAGUGGUGAACGGAAGAGUAGAGUUUCUGCUGAAAUGGAAGGGGUUCUCAGAUGAGGAUAACACAUGGGAGCCGCAAGACAACCUGGACGUCGACCUUAUCACCGAGUACAUGCAGAAACACAAGGAGGAGGAGGAGGAGGAGAAGGAGGGCAAGAGGAAAGUUGUCAGUGAGGCCUCGGGAGACUCAGAGGAGCGAUCGAGCAAGAGGAAGGAGGAGAAAUGGAGAGGAGGAGAGGGACCCAAACGUCAUCACUGUCACAAAUCCUUCUCAACAUCUGGAUAUUUAAAGAUUCAUCCGAGAGUUCACACUGGAGACAAUCUACACAGCUGUGAUCAAUGUGGGGCAGCUUUCAAGCGACCGAGUGACCUAAUAAUACAUCAACGCAUUCACACUGGAGAGAAGCCUUACAGCUGUGAUCUAUGUGGUAAAACCUUUUCUCAGAGAGGUAACCUAGAAUCACAUCAACGCGUUCACACUAGAGAGAAGCCUUACAGCUGUGAUCUAUGUGGUAAAACAUUUUCUCAGAGCGGUACCCUCAAAUCGCACCAGCGUGUUCACACUAGAGAGAAGCCAUACUGGUGUAAACAAUGUGGGGGAACUUUUUCUGUGAUUGGUGCCCUUAAAAGACAUCAACACAUUCACACUGGAGAGAAGCCAUACUGGUGUGAACAAUGUGGUAAAACUUUUACUGAUAGUAGUGACCUUAAAAAACACCAGCGAGUUCACACAGGAGAGAAGCCGUACUGGUGUGAACAAUGUGGGAAAAUGUUUUCUCAGAGUAGUCACCUUAAAAGACACCAGCUCACUCACACUGCCUCAUCAUCUCUUUUGGUGCCUUUGUGAGGCACAGGCUUUCAGAAAUAGAACCAGAGGUAAAGGAUUAGUUGGCAGUGUGGGAAUGCAUUUAGUGAGGAAGUUACAUUCAAUUCAUUGUAAUCUAUUGUGCUGACACAUACUCAUUGCCGAAUAGGGCUGAAAUGAUUCCUCUAAUAACUAGAAUAAUUCGAUUACAGAAAAUCCUCAAAACAAAAUUCUUUGCCUCGAAGCUAAAUCAAUGUAAUUAAGGUUGUACGGCUCACUGUGUUUCCGCACGGAGGAUUAUUACUAGCGCACAACCGGUUGAUGCUUGUGUGGACACAAGACCAUUUAUAUACUGUCUAUGCACAAGACUGACAGCCCAGAUUACAAAUGAAUGACGACGAAAAUAGUGAGGGUCUAAGAGAAGACAGAAAGUUUGGGAUCAUUUUAAGCUGCAAACAUGUUACUACAUCAUCUUUGUAGAAAACAUCCAGUGUACCAGUGUAGAUGACACAGUAAUUUUUGUACAUGCUGACAAUGCAGCUAAAGCUGCUGAUCUGCUAACAAACUCAAUGCAAAAGAUAACAGAAUGGCUAAAUCAUAACUGCCUUCAACUGAAUACAUCCCAAACUGUUUGUAUGUUUUUUUAGUAAAUCUAAAAGUUGCUGUGCAGAACCGGAUGUAGUCGUAGCAGGGGAGAGACUUUAAGUAGUCUCAGAUUUUAAAUACCUUGGAGUAUACGUUGAUAACAAUUUUAGUAUUUAAAUCACAUAUUAAGAAAGUUUGUAAUCGCAUUAAGUUCAACCUGGCGAACAUGUCUGCAGCUGCAUGUCGACAAGGGCUGCAAUGAUGUUUACGCAUUCAAUUUUAUCACGUACUGUUUGACAACCUGGUCACAAGCAAGCAACACUUCUCUCAAACCACUACUCUCUUUAUAUUAAAAAAAGCUCUUAAAGUACUUGAUAGGAAACCCAUAUGCUAUCAUCAUUGUCAUGUUUUAAAAAAAUACAACCUUUUAAGUUUCAAAAAUUUGAUUAGAUAUACAGAUCUCUGUCUUAUGUACAAAAUUUUACAUGGACUGGCUCCUCAUGUAUUGAGCCAGUUUGUAAACGCAGUACCAAAUGCUUACAGACCCACAAGGACUGCAUUGUUCCGCUGAGGAAAAGUGCAUUCGGCCAAACAGCUUUUGCAGUCAGGGCUGCUCGUGAAUGGAACCUCAUUCCUACUCACAUUAGGAAUUUUAAAACUUAUGUUUCUUUUAAAUUUAACUUAAAGAAGUGGCUAACGAGUAAUCAGGACUGUCAACAUUACAUGUAGUUACAAAAUCUUGCUGCUAUCUUGUCUUUCCUGUCCUGCCUGCUUAUUUGUGUCACUUGUGUUAUUGUUAUGCCUAUGAGGUUGUUGGACUGACAGUGUGACUUAUGUGUGUUGGUGGUGAUGUUGAUAUUGACCAACUGUUUUUGUUUCUAUGUUUGAUCAUUUCCUUUUACAUUUAUAGUCAAUUUUACUUGUAUUGGACUUAACUUCUAUGUACUUUUAUAAUCCUUUUAUCUUUUUAUUUGUAUGAUCUGUCUAGGGACAGCAGAUGGAAAAUAGCCUUUUGGCUAAUUCUGGCACACGGUACAUUUCUUUAUGUAUUAUUAGUGUGCAUUGUGCCUGUUAAAUAAACCUGAAAUAAAUAAACUCCUCCAUUCCACGAAGCGAACCCGACACAAGGUAGCUAACUAACGUCGGCUGCUCUUGUCCACCGCUCUGUCUUACACAACUAGCCUACAGCAUGCUACUCUGCUAAUAGCCAUCUUUUACACUACUAGCCUACAGCAUUCUACUCUGCUAAUAGCCAUGUUUUACACAACUAGCCUACAGCAUGCUACUCUGCUAAUAGCCAUCUUUUACACAACUAGCCUACAGCAUGCUACUCUGCUA